AUGGAUAUGGAGAAACUUCCACCGGAAUACGAUGCGGAAUCCAAGAGUGAACGAGCAAGAUGGCCGCCCCUCACGAGGAUGCUGAUGUCGGGCGAGAUGAGCAAUUAUGAGCCUAAGCCAUUGACAACUAAGCAAAAGUUUGAUCGCUGGAUGAUCAACGAAGGAUGGCGAAGAUUUACCGUGGCUCUCUUCGUACUUGUCCAAAUCAUGGUCUAUGUGUUCGCUUUUGUAAAUUACGCACUGAAAGACAAUUUGAAUGAUGCGCGUGCAACUUACACAUGGACAUACAUGGUAGCAAGAGCUGCGGCGUUGACUCUACACUUCGACGUCAGCUUGAUCUUGUUUCCUGUUUGUCGGACUCUCAUCUCACUAAUGAGACAGACGCCUCUCAAUGGAAUUAUCCAGUUUGACAAGAAUAUCACCUUUCAUAAACUGGUUGCAUGGGCAAUCGUGCUCUUCACAUGGGUGCAUACAAUUGCGCACCUGAACAACGUCGCACAGCUCUCAGCGAAGAACGGCCAGGGCUUCGUUGGCUUUCUUCGAGCCGGAUUCUUGACGGGGCCUACAUGGACCGGAUGGAUUAUGCUAAUUUCGCUCAUGAUCAUGGUUUUCACGUCUAUCGAGAAGCCGCGACGAAAUAAUUUCGAGCGGUUUUGGUACUCGCACCAUCUUUUCAUCGUCUUCUUCAUUUUCUGGUCAAUGCAUGGUAUUUGGUGCAUGAUCCCAGCCGAUUUUGCUCCGUAUUGCUCUGGAACCGGAGUCUUCUAUCAAUACUUCAUCUACGGAGCUGUCAUCUAUCUGGCUGAGCGAAUAGCGCGAGAGGUCCGCGGGCGACAUGCGACGGUGAUUUCGAAGGUGAUCCAGCAUCCCAGUAAUGUGGUUGAGAUACAAAUCAAGAAAGAGAAGACCAAGACCAAAGCCGGCCAGUAUAUAUUCCUCUGCUGUCCAGAAGUGUCUCUCUGGCAAUACCACCCCUUCACCCUCACCAGCGCCCCUGAAGAAGACUACAUCUCCGUUCACAUCCGAUGUGUUGGCAACUUCACCAAGGCUUUAGCCAAGACGCUGGGGUGUGAUUUUGAGUCCGGAAAGAACACCGGGAAAGAUGGAUCCGCUCUUGUCGGAAUUGACAGAAUCGGCACAGGCGACAAGAGCAUUGACCCUACCAUACAGCGUAUUUUGCCUCGACUGUAUGUCGAUGGUCCGUUUGGCAGUGCAUCGGAAGAUGUGUUCAAGUACGAGGUUGCCAUGCUGGUGGGAGCUGGUAUUGGCGUUACGCCGUUUGCAUCUAUUCUGAAGAGCAUUUGGUAUCGCAUGAACCACGGCAAACAUCAAACUCGGUUGCGCAAGGUCUACUUUUUCUGGGUCUGUCGAGAUUUCGGAUCCUUUGAGUGGUUUAAAUCCCUGCUUUCUGCAAUCGAGGCUCAGGAUUUGGGCAGCCGUAUUGAAAUCCACACGUAUCUAACUGCUAAAAUCAAACCCGACGAUGCUACUAACAUCAUGAUCAAUGACGCUGACGCAAUGCAGGACGCCAUCACGGGUCUUCGAGCGCCCACCAACUUCGGCAGGCCGAAUUGGGACAUGAUAUUUCGAUCAAUUCGCCAGAUCAAUUCACCGGCAGCAGCAGGUGUUUUCUUCUGCGGGCCAAAGGGUUUGGGCAGUCAAUUGCACAUCAAAUGCAACCAGCACUCAGAGCCGGACUUUGAGUUUGUAUGGGGGAAGGAGAAUUUUUAA